AUGAAACAUUUCCUGGUGGUGGCGAUAUCAUUUGCCCUUCUCUUAAGCUACUUCGAUUAUUCCGGCGAGAGUUCAAAACAUGGAGAGUCGACGUUGACUGUUCAUUUCCCUGACUUCCAUUUGAUUCCUACCACCGGAGCUUUGGGACCGGAGAGUUUUGCCUUCGAUAUCUCCGGCGACGGUCCUUACACCGGUUUAUCUGAUGGUCGAAUUGUUAAGUGGAUAGCUAAUGAGAGUCGUUGGAUGGAUUUCGCCGUCACCACCCCAACAAGAGAAGGUUGUGAGGGACCGCACGAGCACCAACGAACAGAACACGUGUGUGGUCGACCAUUGGGCCUGGCCUUUGAAAAAUCCACUGGUGAUCUAUAUAUUGCCGAUGCUUACAUGGGCCUUCUUAAAGUUGGUCGAGAAGGUGGUUUAGCCAACCAAGUGUUAACACGUCAGCUGGAUGAGUCCAUUAGCCUUGGGUUUACCAACAGCGUGGACAUAGAUCAACAGACGGGUGUUGUCUACUUCACCGAUAGUAGUUCGGUUUAUCAACGAAGGAAUUAUAUAGGUGUAAUAAUGAGUGGGGACAGAACCGGUAGAUUGAUGAAAUACGACCCAAAUACAAACCAAGUGACAACUCUUCUAAGCAACCUUGCGUUCGCAAACGGCGUCGUCCUUAGCCAAAACGGUGAUUACCUUCUUGUGUCCGAGACUGCCACAUCUCGAAUCCUACGUUACUGGCUCAACGACACGUCGGUUUCUAAAUCUCACGAUAAGUACGAUAUUUUCGCGGAGGGGCUCCCUGGGUUCCCUGACAACAUAAAGAGGAGUCCACGUGGUGGAUUUUGGGUAGGCCUGAAUACAAAACACUCAAAGCUGACAGAGUUAGCCAUGUCAAACGCGUGGCUAGGCCGCGCCGCCUUGGGCUUGCCGGUGGACUGGAUGAAAGUUCACUCGUAUUGGGCCAAGUACAAAGGGAAUGGGAUGGCCGUGAGGUUGAACGAAGAUAGUGGACUAAUAUCGGAGGUUUUUGAGGGUACAAAUGGAAAUAAGUGGAUCUCCAUAAGUGAGGUGGAGGAGCGUGAUGGAACUCUAUGGGUUGGAUCAGUGAAUACUCCUUUCGCUGGAGUGUAUGAAAUCUAA